UUGACACCUCUUCACUCACUCACUCCACUCAUUAACCAAAACCAAUCUCUAUUUUUGUUGACGAAUCGCUCGUUGCGCUGAAGCUGACUCUGCUUGAUUUUUGUCUGAUUUUAUCGAAUAUCUAUCUGUAAUUUCAGUUUGCUAUUAUGAAAUAUAACAGUGCUUGUGACUGUCACUGUACUGUUUAGUUAAUUCCAUUAGGUAUAUAGCCAAUGAUUUUACGUCAAAAUGUACUUUCCUAUUGGUUGGCCUAAAGUUUUGAAGAAUCUGGGUGCUGAUAAUCAAAUUAUAAAGCAAAUAGUCUCAAAUGUGGACAAAAUAUUAUUUGCUUCGUUAAGUGAUGACUGUUUAAGUGUCUGGUACUGUAAGCCAUCCGUGCCAAUUGUGUACCACAAAAGAAGUACAGACUCCAUCCAUAGAUUGGGAGUGAAUGUAGGUGUUGAAUGGAAACCUGACUCCUCCAUGAUAUGCAUUGCUACAUCAGAAGGACACUUAAUUCUGUACAAUGUGGAGUGUCUCAGUGAGCAGACAGCGUAUCAGCAGUAUGACCCACCUAAUGCAAGCCUGCGCCGGGACUCCGCCGAACUGUUUGUGAAGGAGGUCAUACCGUCAUUGAAAAUCACAUUGUUAAAAGAGGUGUUAGUAUGGGAUGGUUUGAUCACGCGCAUGUGCUGCAUCUCCGGGUCGGAGAUCCUCGUGUGCACGACGCGCGCGCACCUGCUGCGCUACCGCUGGGACGGCUCCCAGAACAGGGACUACUGCCUCGACCUCGGCAGGAUACCCUUUUCUAUCAACCAGCAAGUUUCCAAGGCGGAGCCGAUACUGGAGGACAACAUACACGUGAACGACAUAGAAUAUUCGCCUCUAGUGUGCGGCUUCGGAAUCACUCUGAAUGAUGGGCGUGCGGCGUAUCUUACCGCGCCCAAUCUCAAAUUUGACCCUAAUGCCGUUCAAGGCAUUUGGGCACAGGGCAUUGACGAUGCCACUUGUACAAGAGUUAAUCAUAAGUUUAGACUUAUCGCCAUUGGCAGAAAGAAUUCUCAAGUGGACGUGUUCACGAUAGACGAGGCUACGGGCGGACUGGAGCUGUCGCACACUAUGCUGCUCAGCUCCAAGGACUUCCCCGGGGACCCCGGCCCUGUUAAGUGUAUGAGAUGGUCGGCCGACGGUCGCGCAGUGGCCGUGAGUUGGGAGCGGGGCGGAGUCUCAGUGUGGAGCACGUUCGGAGCCCUGCUGAUGUGUUCGCUGGCCUGGGACCACGGGCUCUACCACGACCUGGGGCACCACAACCCGCUGCGGGUGCCUUGUUUGGAAUGGGCGACAGAAGGCUACCAACUGUGGAUGGUGCGGGCGGAGGGGGACACCGCUUCGCAACUCAUCCAGCUCGAUUUUGUCAAGAGUCCCCUCAGUGUCAACCCUUGUAUGAGCAACCAAAGGCACUUAUAUCUACAAGCCGAUGACAAACUAUACGUGAACCUAGAAGAUAAUCUAACUAAACGGACGAAAAUCUCAAUCAUUGACGCCACGGCCGACGCUUACCACAUCGAGAACGGAACGACAGAAAAUAAUAACUUGGAGUUCGACAGCAGCGCCAAGUACAGGGAGUUUGUGGAUGAUAACGAGUGUAGGAAGCAAUGGAUUGUGCUUCCGUUGCCGGCUACGUACAUCGCUACCAAUUGGCCGUUGAGGUACAGUGCAAUAGACGAAGAAGGCCUAAACGUAUGUGUGGCGGGUCGGGCGGGGCUUGCGCACUACAACUGCGCCGCGCGGAGAUGGAAGCUGUUCGGCAACGAGGCGCAGGAGAAGGACUUCGUGGUCACCGGCGGCAUGUUGUGGUGGAGAGACUAUAUCGUCGUGGGUUGCUACAGCAUCAUAGACCAACACGAUGAAAUUCGCUUCUACCCGCGCGAGGCAAAACUCGACAAUAAAUUCGCGAAGAUCGUUCGUGUACAAUCGCAGAUAUUCGUCUUAGAUAUAUUGGACGAUCAGCUUGUAGUGUUCGGUGCUGAUGCCCUAGUAACGAUAUACGAGCUGAGUACGGACCAAGAUGGCAGUAUAGACAUGCGGUGUGUACAAGCGGUGGACAUCUCCGCUCUGUCGCACCCCGCGUGCGUGGUGUCGGCGUCGCUGUGUCGGCUGCGGGACGUGCACUCGCGGGGCUCCGCAGCCCCGCUGGCUGUGUCCCGGCAGCCGGACUCUUUGGUGAUCAAUGCGAGCGGCAAGCUGAUGAUGGUGCAGCGUGAAGAAUACGACACAGACGACGAUAACAAUCCUGCUUACAGCUGUUUACCAGCGACAGUCUUAGCAUCGUGCGUGGAAAGCGUCUGGUCAUCAGGCAGUGGCACCCCAUCCCAAACUCAACUCUCAAGGGCUCUCUGGCUAUGGUGUGGGUCCCUAGGAGCCCGGGUGUGGUUACCACUGUUGCCGAGAGACGCGACCAGACAUCCAGACACGUCGAGACAUACCUUCAUGGCGAAGAGAAUCAUGCUGCCCUUCCAUCUCAAUAUCUACCCUCUAACAAUUCUUUUUGACGAUGCGAUUUUACUGGGCGCUGAAAACGACACAACACUAUACGCGUCUGAUUCAAACUCAGUAUUCUCGCUGCCAUUCUGCGUCGUCAAUAGAACAAGUCAAGUAUACCUCCACCAGAUUCUCCGCCAACUUCUCCGUCGCAACUUAGGCUACCACGCAUGGGAGAUCGCGCGGUCUUGCGCUCAGCUGCCUUACUUCCCCCACUCCCUGGAGCUGCUCCUCCAUGAGGUGCUGGAGGAGGAGGCCACGAGCAAGGAGCCCAUACCUGACGCUCAACUGCCCAGCGUCAUCGAGUUCGUUCACGAGUUCCCGGUCUAUUUGCAGACAGUAGUACAAUGCGCAAGAAAGACAGAGAUAGCGCUAUGGGCGUACCUGUUCUCAGCAGCUGGGAAACCAAAAGAGCUCUUCCAAGAAUGCUUACAGAGAAAGAUGUUGGACACAGCUGCGUCUUAUCUCAUCAUCUUGCAGAAUCUGGAAAGUUCCGCCGUGAGCCGGCAGCUGGCGACGCAACUGCUGGACACGGCGCUGCAGCAGGAACGCUGGGACCUGGCCAGGGAUCUGGUCAGGUUCCUCAGGGCUAUAGAUCCGAACGACGUAGAUUCACCGCGCAACUCAGUAAACGUACAGGCGAAGUAUGGGCAGAUCGUGCAGUCGCAGACCGUCACGCCGAAUGCUGAAGAUCUAUCUGUUAUACUCGGGACUAUGCAGCUAUCGGGCGGACGCGGACGCAGCUUCAGCACCACAGUGUCGCCGCGCGAGCCGUCGCCGCCGCUGCCGGCCGCGCCCGCGCCCGCGCCCGCCGCCGCCCCCGCGCGCGCCACCGCCGCCGUCAAGAGGAAGAAGUCUGUGCCUGCGAGGUCCGACAGAGAAUCGCUAAGCGGCACAGCGGAGGAAUUCUUCAUAGACAUGAUGAUCCAACGUCACGCACGCGUGCUGCUAUCAAGCGCUAGACUACUGGCCCUGGGUCGGCUUGCGGCGGCUCUGGACCUGCACCUGGUGGCCUGGCUGGCGGGGGAGAGGGAGCGGGCGGCGAGGGUGGACAACGCCGUGCUGUGUUUGAAGAGGCUACACGAGGACUUCAGCUGGCCCUACCCCGCGCUGCAGCCGGAGAUGGCCAGCGAUAUUGUUAAGGCCGCGUCUAUUGGUCCGUACACGCCCCCCGCGGAGGACAGCCUGUGCGGAGACAGCGGCUACAUGAGUCUGCCGCUGUGCGCCGCGCCGCGGUCGCCGGGGCCCGUCAGUUCGGUGGGCGAGUGCAGCGUGGCGGAGGGCGGGGCGGUGUUGUGGGCGGCGGAGGCCAGCGACGCGGGGGAGGAGAGGCGGUACGCGGCGCUCAUGGAGAAGCUGCACCACCAUCAGGCGGAGAGGGGGUCCCAUACUGCGCAUGUGCAGCUUAGAUACUUCCUGCAGUUGAUGACGGAAGCGAGCUGCGUGGAGUGGGCGCUGGUGGUGGCGGUGGCGCUGCGCGACGCGCUGGCCGUGCUGCGCACCGCCAACGCUGCGCGCGCGCACGACGUCAGUCUGCGCGCCGUGCGCAGGCUGCGUGCGGCGUUGGCGGCGCUUGUGGCCUGGACUGAUGCUGACUGCUUAGGUUACAAGCCCUUCAUGCUGGCGAUCAGCAACCAGAUACCAUUCCUGACUUCGAUCAUCAACACUCGGGAGCGACGGAUCUCCAUGGUGAAGUCCCGGGUUCGAACCGCGAGCACCGGAUCCCUCACUCAAGAACCGAAAACGAAGCCCCAACCCCCUUCGGAAAAAUUACCGCCGCCUCAAAAAGCUGAAGUGUCAAAACAGUCGACGAGAAAAGAUUCCCCCAUUUCACCAACAGAACCGCAGAAAAUGAUAAUACCACCCCCCGCUAUGCCUCCGCGAGAGGACGUGUCCACCGGUUGUGCCAUAAUGUAAAUUUGACGCUGAAUCAAACGGUAUUCAAUACUAAGAAUCGAUUUUAAAUAAAUGGGAAAAAUAAUUGAUAGGAAAAGCAAAGGUUGUAAACAAAUAUCGCAAAUAAUUUUAUUCAAAAAUCGUUUACAUGUUCAUAUUUUGUUUUGCCUUUCUAUUUUAAUAACAUAAUGUAUGGAUAUAAUCCUCCAUAAAUAUAAAAAUGUAUUGAGGUGGUAGUGCGACGCACACACUAUCGAGCCGAUUCGCAAGAAGACGCAGCAAACUAAUUACAGUGCACCAUUGUGACGCAACAAAAACCACACCGCGAUGUGAUUGGUUCGCUGCGUCUCAACUUCCGACGAUCGAUAUCAAAUGGCAAAGUCGCGCUACAACUCCUAACCAGUUACAGUUCUCUUUUUAUAUCAUCGAUUCACUUCAUUGGUCAGUGUACCCGUAUUGGAUAGUGUACCUUUUCGACUUAUAUUUUCGUGUUUGGUGCUGAAUUAUUACGUAUAAAAUUUAUUUAAUAGCUAAUUAUGAUAUUAUUACUUUUUAGGUAUUGAAAUUUUUCCUUCUCUAGUCUCUUAUAUACUUUGUAUGUAUAAAUGUAUCUAAUAAUAAACAUUUAUUGUUAUCGUCAUUGUUUCAAAACUAGAUUUCAAUAUAGUUAUAUUUAUUAUAAUUGACAAGGUUGAGGUUUCUUAUGAAUAAUGUGUAUGUAACUUAGUUUUUGUAACAUAAUUAUGUGUACAUAACACAUAAUGUAAUUAUAUAAUAGAAAAACGUUAUUGUACUUAUGUAUAUUGGGUGUUGCGAAACACUGGCUUCUGUAAUAUUGUUAACACAAAUUGUUUCAAAAUUUUACAUAAUUUAACAUUAUUUACCAUAUCGGAUAUAAUUUUCCAUUGUGGUUUUGGAAUUUAAGAUAAUGUCGUAAUCAAAGGACGCCCUUUGAUUACGACAUUAUUCUACGCUACUCUGCUUCGUCGAGCGACUCUACAUCUUAUUCACAAAUCGUGCGUGUGUGUAGGCGAUGCGCGACGUAUUCUCUCCCUCUCUCACACCUCGCACCGGCAUGUUUCCGGUGUCUUCGGGACUGUGCCGCGAAGCCCGGGGUCAGCUUAAAAUAAAAUUAACCUUAAAAUUUUUAAGAUUCGUCUGUGAUUUUACAACACGACGCCUGCCUGAUGUAAACUUCUAAGAAAAAACAAAUUUCACACGUAGAAUUUGUGCUUGAGACGGGUGAAUUCGGGCACUCGACGCAUGCGCUUGCGCCGGCUCGACGCAGAAGACUCCCAAUAAAUAAAUGGAUUAAAGAAGUAUGUAGUAGAUAAAUAGGUUCAUCUGUAUUAUUGUAGUGACGGACACGUCUUCCUCGAUGAUAUUAAUGUUACGAACGUGAAAAGUAUUUCGAAUUUUUAUGCGUUGAGGUGAUUUUGUAUGAAUAGUACUUAGAAUGUAUUUAUUAACUUAGAUUAGUUAGUGUAGUACGAAUAUUAAAAUAAUUCCCACUUAGGACGACCAUACAUUGCAAUAUUAAUUUGUUAUCGAAUAGUCUGGUAAUAAGUUUUUAGAAUUUCUCACCAAGAAAAAUAUCACAUAUAAUAGAAAUAUUUAAAUAGUUUCAAAAGUUACACACGCUUGUUAAGCAUACUUGCAAUAUAAAAUCUCUUUCAGUCUAUCAAAAAUGUUAUUAGCCCAUUAUAAUAAUUUAUAUGUUGUGAAUCUCACCAAAUACUGCGGUAUAAUAUGAUUGAACAUGUAAGUUAUAGUCGCGGGAAAAGGCUUCGAAAGUACGCUGCUUCGUUGAGCGUCGUUGCGUCGACUUACAUAGGUUUAACGUAGACGUCAUUGGGCGCACGCAAUUCUGCCAUACAAUUCUGCGUUGAUCCGAUGCCGGAACGAAACGAAGCAGUGAGGUCUCACUCUUUAAGCGGAAUAACGAUAGAAAUUUGCUCAAGUGUUUCCGUUCCAAAUUUAUCGAUGCAUUCAGAAUAUUUAAUCGAAUUAGUAUGAUACUUGCAACGAAAUUGCCACUGAACUGAACUGAUAUUAGUAAUUUUUUGUCAUGGUUUUAGUAAAUUGAUGUGAUGAGUACAUAAGAUUUAACUUUUGUCACUGAGAGCAUGUCGACAUUCUAAACCUGUACAGUUUUUUUAACAGUUUGUACAAUUCCGAAUACCUCAGAAUGCGCGUAUAUCGUCAAACAUUAGGCGCUAUUAACGUAAUUUUGUGGUUUGCAAGAUUUCCCGUCGUAAUAAAAAAUUAAAAAUAGCGCAUCUUUUUUUUUAAAUGCAAAAAUGCUGUUUGAUUAUAUAUCAAGCGACUAACAUCUGUUAAACGCCCUCUGAACCCGCAAUAUUUAACUUCAAUGAUGUUAAUUUUAUGAAGUUCGCGCCUUAGUCUAAAAAGAAAAAUUAACUAAGUUUGUAUUAUUAUUCUCAAAUAAAUUGUAAUCUUAAAGUCAUGUACAAUCCUGUAUUGCAGUUAAAAUAUCCGCCAUCUUGGUGCCAAGUAACCUAUUUAUUUAUAAUAGGAAUAAUUUAUUCUUGAUAUACCAUUUAGUACAAAUAUGUAUAAUAGAUUUCAAUGAUUUAAUUAUACAAAUAUCAAAAUGCCACUAUCUCGAACUACAGAAUACAUGGAAAAAAUGUGAUAUAAUUAAUAGUUUCAAUAUAAAUUAACAUUGUUUUGGUUUGUUUUAAGUAUGACUAUCUUUACAAUCAACAAGAAAUAUAUUUAUUUAAAAUCAUAAGUGAGUAUAUUAAUGUAAAGACUAAUAUUUUGCUACAUUCCAGAAUUUCAUUCGAAAACAUUAAUUUUAAUUAAUAAAAUUGGCAUUCCAAUGAAACAAUCUUGCUUCAUACAUUUUAAAAACUAAAAUAUAGCAAUAAGUAUUUGGAUGUAAAAAUUAGUAUUUUAACAUAUUUAUAAUAAAAUGACUGUAGUAUAAUUACUUAAGUGAUUGUGAAGUUAACAUUACAUUUAGGCACGAUAUUUUGGUCAAUUAUAGUUGUGAAUAUUAUUAAAAUCAAAAUAUGACACUGUUGUCAAACAAUGACGGUGCUAAAAUGUAAUGUCGUUUGUAGAUUGAUUUAAUAUUCAAAGGUCUUAAAAAAACAUAACGCCCCUGAUAGAUACGCGCCGCUAUAGUCCCUGAACUCCAAAACACCAUGAAAAUAUAUUAUACUUAAAUUUAUGUCGCGACAAGGCGGCAAUUAUAAAAUAUAAUUCCCGUUUUGAAAUUGUUAAUAUAAUAUUUUUUAUUAUUAUUAAUUACAUACACACCCAUCUUUUACAUGUUCAAAUAUUAUUCAACUGAAAUAAUUUGUCAUACAGAUUAUGACAAAUUUGAAUAAAAUGAAGUACCUACAUAUUACAAUCAAAAAUGUUCUGUAGUUCGUUACAUUUUGUAAAAUUUUGUAAUUAUAGUCAAUUGAAAUUGAUGUUAUGAAUUCGUAAUUAAAUAAAGUGAUUUUAUAAUA